AAUCUCCUAGAAGUGUAUUUUGGGUUCCUUAAGUGAUUGACGAGGAUUGUCAAAUUAAACAAAUAAUGAGAUAUUGGCUGUUGAAAGCGAGCAGGCUCUUCUGCUCCUUGCUGACUUUACCCUUGUUCCUGGCGCAGGUGUUCGGAUUACGCUCCGCGUAUAAGCGUGUCUUCCCGCUGCUCGCCUACCAUAUAACGUUUUCUUAUAACGACAAAGUGAACAGAAUGAAGAAAGAGCUCUUCCGGAACGUAUGCGGGUUUGCCAACAGCGAUGGCUCGCUGCGCCUGCUCGAGAUCGGCUGUGGCAGCGGUGCAAACUUCCAGUUCUAUCCGUAUGGAUGCACGGUGCUUUGCGCGGAUCCCAACCCUCACUUCGAGACGUACCUGAAGAGGAGCAUGGACGCCAACAAGCACCUGACGUACGAGGCCUUUCUGGUUGCCUCUGCUGAAGACAUGAACGAAUUGGACGACGAGUGUGUUGACGUGGUGGUGUGCACGUUGGUGCUGUGUUCGGUAAGGGACGUGAAGAUGGUUCUUCGGGAGGUCCGGCGUGUGCUGAAAACGGGUGGAGCCUUCUUCUUUAUGGAACAUGUGGUGUCAAAACCUUCAACCUGGACAUUCUUCCUCCAACACACACUCGAACCAUUAUGGUUCUACAUAGGAGAUGGAUGUACGAUCACAAGAGCGACAUGGAAAGAUCUGGAGACCGCUGGCUUUUCUCAGCUUCACCUACAACACAUUGAGGCUCCAGUGACCUCGGUAAUACGACCACAUAUUAUGGGAUAUUCUAUCAAAUGACUGUUGGUAAAAAUUCAUACAGAACAAAAAGGCAGUCCCCAGGUUACGAAUGAGUUCCGUUCCCACGCUGGCGACGUGACCCGAAUUUCCGUGCAAGUCAGAGAGCACCCUUUCAUUAAAUUUCAAAAUAACAAUCCAAAAAGUGCGAAAGUAUUGUAUUUUGUUUGUUCAUGGAGGAUACACUGCCCUCUCGUAGCAGCGUUGGGUCUGGCUGGACCGUCCCUUUGUAUGAUUGAGCAGCAGACUCAGACGUCUCACAUAUUAGUCCUUCUCAAAAAAUUAGCAUAUUGUGAUAGUUCAUUAUUUUCUGUAAUGUACUGAUAAACAUUAGACUUUCAUAUAUUUUAGAUCCAUUACACACAACUGAAGUUGUUCAAGCCUUUUAUUGUUUUAAUAUUGAUGAUUUUGGCAAAAAAGUCAAGAAAAAACAAAAAUCCCUAUCUCAAAAAAUUUGCAUAUCAUGAAAAGGUACUCUAAAGUAGCUACUAACUUAAUCAUCCGAAUCAACGAACUCCCACCCUGGUUCAGUACUCAAAACUGCAAUCAUGGGCAAGACUGCCGACCUGACUGCUGUCCAGAAGGCCAUCAUUGACCCCCUCAAGCAAGAGGCUAAGAAAACAUUAGACUUUUACAUUUUUAGAUUCAUUACACACAACUGAAGUAGUUUAAGCCUUUUAUUGUUUUAAUAUGGAUGAUUUUGGCAAAAAAAAAAAAAAAAAGAAAAAACAAAACUCCAUAACUCAAAAAAUUUGCAUAUUUCAUCCGACCAGGCCCGGAGUGACUAAUCGGGAGCUUCUGGACGAUUCCAGAAGGGCCGGCCGGCCAGAUGGGCCGGUCCGGGUUUUAUUAAAAAAAAAAAAAAAAUUACACUGUUAUCAUUUUUUGUUUGGUAUUUAUUUGUGACAGUGUCACUGAGUAUAACUUACAUUCUGUUACCGCUGUCCCUGUGGGCCGUCUUAAAAAAAAAAAAAAAAAACUAUUUUUUUUUUCCAGACUCAUCCUCACGUGAGCAGACGAAAACUACAGCAUGCAGCUCCGCCCCCUAAUUGUAGUCUGUAUUGAGCCAAAUUAGCUGCUAAUUCGGUGCUCGGAUGGAUAAAAAGAGCAAGGGUGGCGCUGAAAAAUAAGAAUUAAAAAGAGAAAAGCACUCGUGAAAGAAUCGGCAAAAUGCGCAAAAAUAGCUGUUUUUUUUCAUGCAACGACCUUGCUGCCUCAAACUACAGAGGAUUACAACGAAAGUGGUAAGGCCAGAUGGCGAAUAAAAUGCAACUUGCACCGUGUGAUACGACAAUAUGUAAUUGUGGAAACUUUGGCUUCUUGUAGCACCUCACAAGGGAUAUGUAGCAGCAAGCAUUAGCCAUAAUGAACACACCACAGGUGCAGAGCUGGAAGGUAGGAUUGCCAUGUCGUUCAGCGAGUUAACAUUAGAAUUAAUGUAAUCAUUUACGUGGCGUUUUUAAAGUGGAAAUGGAAAAUGGAUAAUAGUAUCAUUAGAAGUUGUUACAAUGUGCAAUACGUAUUCUUUAUUUUUCAUAUUGUUAUGUUGCUAUGUUUGUUUUAUCUGUAAGCACUCAUUUUGUUAAUAUUUGAUGUUGCAGAAAAGGUCUUAUUGAUUCAUUUAUUUUAGGGCUGUCAAAAUUAUCGGGUUAACGGGCGGUAAUUAAUUUUUUAAAUGAAUCACGUUAAAAUAUUUGACGCAAUUAACGCACAUGCCCUGCUCAGACAGAUUUAAAUGACAGUACAAUGACAUGCCCACUUGUUAAUUGUGUUUUAUGGAGUUUUGCCGCCCUCUGCUGGCGCUUGGGUGUGACUGAUUUUAUAGGCUUCAGCACCCAUGAGCAUUGUGUAAGUAAUUAUUGAGAUCAACAAUGGCGGGCUACUAGUUUAUUUUUUGAUUGAAAAUUUUACAACUUUUAUUAAAACGAAAACAUUAAGAGGGGUUUUAAUAUAACAUUUCUAUAACUUGUACUAACAUUUAUCUUUUAAGAACUACAAGUCUUUCUAUCCAUGGAUGGCUUUAACAGAAUGUUCAUAAUGUUAAUGCCAUCUUGUUGAUUUAUUGUUAUAAUAAACAAAUACAGUCCUUAAGUACCUUAUGUUGAAUGUUUAUAUCCAUCUUGUGUCUUAUCUUUCCAUUCCAACAAUAAUUUACAG